UAAGUGGGCCACCCUGUAUAUUUUUUGGACUGACGCCCCCAAAACCCUGUAGUACUGAUCGUGUCCGCUGCGUGUCGCCGUUGUUCCCACUUACAUGGUCAAAAGGAGAAGGCGGACCGCGCUUGUGCGCGCCUUUACGUAGAUUUUGUCGUCAUUUUGGUGUGUCGUGCAUUUCGCGUGUACCUCCCACCACCUCUCCCCACUGCCUCCCACUCUUUCCAAUCCUAUCCUUGACGUGAUUUAGCUUUGGCGGACUGAGUGGACGCUGGGUGCCGAGCGCGGUGCGCUGAAGCCGGCGUUGCGUUGAAGACCAAACCGUCAUCCCUUCAUCUUCAUUCGGAUUGGAGUCUUGCUUCCCUACUAUGACCUGAGGAAUUCUCCUGUCAUACGUCUUGUCAUCUUCAUCCAUGGGCUCCCGCAGCCAAGGCUUUUUCCCACACCACCACAGCAGCCACCAGCACCAUCAUCAUCAUCGCCAUCACCAUCGUAGCUCCUCGUUGGCACCACCGGCGGCGGCGGUGCCCCGGCUAUUGUCCGAGGUCGGCAUGGCCCAAAUUACGCCGGGCCUGUUCCUGAGCCGCGGCAACGUGGCGUCCAACCGCGGCUUGCUCCUGUCCAAGGGUAUCACGUGCGUGGUCAACGCCACACUGGAGCUGCCCAACUUCAACUGGCCGCAUGUGGAGUACGUGAAAGUGCCACUGGCCGAUGCGCCACACUCGCCCAUUUCGCUGUACUUCGACGGUGUUGCCGAUAAGAUUCAUAGCGUGGGCCGCAAGCGGGGCGUCGUCCUGGUACACUGCGCAGCCGGUGUCAGCCGUUCCGCCUCGCUGUGCCUGGCCUACCUCAUGAAGUACCACCGCGUAUCGUUGGCCGACGCCCACGCCUGGGUCAAAGCUCGUCGCCCCGUCAUCCGGCCCAAUGGCGGAUUCUGGCGUCAGCUCAUUGAAUAUGAGCGCAAGCUCUUCGGAAGGAACUCGGUCAAGAUGGUGCAGACGCCCUACGGAGCCAUCCCCGACGUCUACCAGAGGGACCGCCACAGUCUGGCACCCUACUGGGGACUGUGAAUCCCUUGCCCCCACCCUCAAUGAAUUUGCAGACAGGGGGUGGACCACGGGUGCAGUCGGUCUCCUGGUGUUGACUGUGCUUGUCAUGAUGUCACGUGUACGGUAGCAGUUUUUUUGACAGCAGUGUACAGUGAACCGCACCCGACCCCCUGAGUUGAAUUUGUUCCAUGUGCCUUUAUUUACAUGCGUCCUGGUUUGCAUCUCAGAUCAACUUUUCAGAUUGAAAUGAAUGGAAAUGCCAUUAAUCCGUUCCAGGUACCCAUAAAACACCAACAAAUAUAAGGUCUUUUUCAUCAUUAUUAUUAUUAAAACUUAUAUUAUUAUAAGAUUCACACUAUGAUAUUGUACUUACAAAAAUAUCAAAUAGACUAGACAAAACUAAACAGUUUGUGCAUCAUUAUUUCCUGUUUGAAACGAUAGGUGUCAAACUCAAAGCCUGGGUUGAGUUUGAUUCAGCCCGCCACCUGAUUUUGUGCUCCAGAAAGCAAACUGAAAUUAGCCCAAUAAAUUACCAAAUUGCUAAUUGUCUUCUCUUGACAAGUUAAUGAGAUGUCACACACAUUUUAAGCAUUUAAAACAGGAAACUAUCGUUGCUCAGAAAGCAAAUCUAGUAUUAAUUUUGGUUGAGGAUAAAGAAUAGAUGCCUAUGACUGUUGUUAUAUUGUCUUUCUACAUUUGUUUUCAAAUAGCCAUUGCUUCACCAGUUGUAACACUGCAACUUUCAAUGCCAAUUUUAUUAGCCAGCCUAAAGCAUUUAGCAUUGUAUAUUAGCAUUAAGCGUGUAGAUCUUCAUGAGAAAAAAGUAAUUUUGAUGUUCUCUUUGUCUUACGGUUAUUUUUACAGUACAUUUUUACCCCCCAAAAACCACCACAAUCAUUUUGAAUAAAGAAAACUGGCAGUGGAUUGUCAAACAAAAAUAGAAAAAGAGUGCUGUUGUGUGUGCAGUAGCAUUUUACAAGAGCACCUUACAGUGGUAAAUCUACGUUUUAAACUAAAAUUGACUAUUGUAAAGCUUUUGGGGUUUGGGCUCAGUCCCUAACUUGCGUGAAUAUCGGGUUCACUGUCCACAAAUUACCUAAAUGCCUAAGAGUAAAACUAGUUGUAUUUGGUUUAUUGUACAAAAAGAGCUGUACAGUUUUAUUGGACUGUUGUUUUUUUCCUUCUGUAUUCUUUCAGUUUGGUACCGACAGCAAGUAUUGUGAGCUAUGGAUUUGCAUUCACACACUGCAUUCUAACCCGAAACCUUGGCCCAAAGCCUAGCUCUAAUUUUAACCACAGGCACGCCCAGAGCCCUAAACAAACAAAAUAACUGUUAAGAUUACAUUUUUAAAAACACAUAAAUGUCAAUUUUAUAAAUGUCUUGCCAUGAGUUCCUGUGUUAAGUGGCCAACCUGAACCACACACUUGCCAUUAACUGGAAUUUUCCCGCCUCUUUCUUUGUAACUGGUGUGAACUGUAAGUAGGCGUUUGUGGAAACAUGAUUAGAUUUAUUCCGAAGUAAAAAUCUACUUUUUUAAAUGAUUAACAAUAUGUAAAACAAACAAAGGCCUGUGCAGCACAGGCCUGACAAUAUUCUCUCUCUCUCUGAUACACAUUAUUGUAGUGUAAUGUGGUGCUAUGGUGUUCAAUGAUAUUCCUGUUGGCUUUUGGUGAGCCAGAAUCCAAGCACAAAAAUGACAACAUUAGUACAUUGGUUCAAAUAAUUACUAGCUUCAGUUUGGAAAAAAAUGACUAAAAAUAAAAAAGAAGAGCCUGUGCCAAUAUUUGUUUGACUUUGGAAAAUGAAAAAAAUAAAGACUUUCACGCAACAUGA